GUAACGAAGUAGAUCUACUUCACUACUGUACUUAAGUACUAAAAGGCAGUAUCUGUACUUUACUAAAGUAUUAUUUUUUUCUCCUACUUCCACUUUUACUUCAGUAUAUAUUUUCGAAGAGUUUAAUACUUCUACUCCGAUAUUUUUUUUAUGUGCUGCAUCGUUACUCGUUACAAUUAUAAAAAUGUUACGAAUCAUUCCAUUCCAAACCCACAUUACCACUGCCAGAACGGUAGGUUGAUGUCAACAGGUUUGAUGUCAACAAUGAGAGUUUUCUGCACAGAUUUGAAGGUUCCAAUGUUUAAUCCAGCUGAACUUGCAUUCCUGUCAGAGUAUUCUGCUGUCAUGACUCCAGUCGCCCAAGCAACUAACAUUUUGCAAGCUGAAACCAACGUCCAGAUGGGGUGGCUGCUCCCAACUGUCAAGCUCCUGAAAAUCAAGCUGAACAGGAUCAAGCUGCUGCUGAAGUACUGCAAGCCACUUGUGGAUGCCUUGCAGGUGGGCAUUGAGAAUCGCUUUGGCCCUAUGAUGGAAGACCCAGAGCUGGUGGCCGCUGCUAUUCUGCUUCCAAAAUUCAAGACAAAUUGGACACAGGAAGAUGAGACAAUCAAAAUAGGAAUGGACUAUAUCAAACGAAGCAUGGAAGACCCCUCGUUGCAGUCCAGUGAGGUCAACAGGUCCAGUUCAUCAGAUGAAGACGACUUCUUCUUCUCUGGCAUGCAGGGUUCGAAGGCACAAGACAGCGCCAAACAGCUAGAUGCGUACUUGUCAUGUUCAGCAGAUAACAUGGACUUGCUCAAGUCUUUUCCAGCUGUGUGCAAGUUGUCUGUUAAGUUAAACACACCCCUUCCAGCAUCAGCAGCCUGCGAGAGGCUUUUUAGUAUUGCAGGAUUAGUCUUUAGCCCUAGAAGAGCGAGACUAAAUACGCUCAAUUUUGAAAAUCAACUACUUUUGAGGAUAAACCAAAGAUUUCUAACUUCCUAAAUAUGACUGCUUUAUGCAUACCAGGGAAUAAGCUGUGGAGGAAAAAAAGCACAAGCAGGGAAGAGAGGGUAGGGAUGCUUUAAAGGGGAAGGGGCAUAUUUGAUCUGUUUUUGUUUAUUUAAGCUCAGUGUUUUUAGGUGCUCUAAUCACUUGUUGUUUUGUUUUUACAUAAGAAAUAGUUGAAUGUGGCCUACUGGCCUUUGAGAUCUUUUAGUUGCCCUAACAAGUUGAGGGUGAAAAGAAAAUGUGUUAACUUCUAAAAAUGACUAAAGCAGUCAUUUUUGGAAGUUAACACAUUUUCUUUUCACCCUCAACUUGUAUACUAGCAAACUAUGCAUACUAGUUUAAGAAGGUAAUAAGCUGUGGAGGAAAAAAAAAAACAAGCAGGGAAGAGAAGGGAGGGAUGCUUUAAAGGGGAAGGGACAUACUUAAUCUGUUUUUGUUUACAAAAAGUUACAGCCAAAGGAAUUGUGAUUGUCC